AUGGCAGCCGUUUAUAAAACAGUAUCCAAGAAAAACGCGCGGCGCGCCGAGGCCGAGGAGGACUCGGAGGAUCUCGAAAUGGAGGACUUCAUCGAUGAUGCCGACGACACUAGCAGCGAGGAAGAAGAUGAGGAUGAGGAUGAGGAUGAGCAGGAAGAUGGACAGACUUUGAGCUCUGCGCAAAAGCAGCUGGCUUCUGGAAUGAUGCCCAAGACUCGGGUUUUGAUGUUGACUUCGCGGGGUGUUACAUAUCGUCACCGACAUCUUCUGGCAGACCUCGCCGGCCUCCUCCCCCAUACCUACAAAGAAACCAAGCUCGACUCCAAAAAGAAACAAGCCGGAUACAACCUCCUUCUGAACUCCCUCGCAGAUCUCCAUUCCUGCAAUGUUAUCUUCUUCCUGGAAGCCCGCAAGCGCGGUCAAGACCUUUACCUCUGGCUCUCGCGCCCCCCGAACGGUCCUACGAUCCGCUUCCACGUGAACAACUUGCACACCAUGGGUGAGCUGAACGCGGGCUUCAGCGGGAACUGCCUCAAGGGUGGUCGCGGAAUUGUCGUGUUCGACCGCUCGUUCGAUGAGCAGGGACCUGUUAUGCACGGCCAGCCAGGGACGGAGUACCGUUCGCUGAUCCGGGAGAUGCUCCGUGGUGUGUUCUGUGUGCCGAAGCGGGGUGUCAAAGGCAUGAAGCCGUUUGUUGACCGGAUUAUCGGUAUUUUCGGUGUUGAUGGGAAGAUCUGGAUCCGGGUGUAUGAAGUCCGUGAGGCGGAGGGUGACAACAGGAACAAGGAGGGCCCCGAAGUUUCGCUUGUUGAAAUUGGUCCUCGUUUCGUUCUUACCCCGAUUGUUAUUCUCGAGGGUAGCUUCGGUGGUCCGGUUAUUUACGAGAACAAGGAGUACGUCAGCCCCAACCAGGUGCGUCGCGAGGUCCGUAUGAGCAAGGCUUCUCGGUACGGUCAGCGUCGCGAUACCACGACGGAGCGGGUGACCAAGCGGACGACCUUGGGAUUGAACGAGGAGGCGGGCGUCAAGCCAAGUGCGUUGGAUACCAAGAAGAUUUUCUCAUAA